GAAAAUAUCAGAGGUCACUCUUUAAUUCAUUCAGCAAAGAUAAUCGUCCAGUUCAGCUUGUUUCGAUAUGCCUCAUAAAUUUUAUUCAAAUGUCAUUGUUGAUAAGCAGUAGUAUAUAAAGUGAAUGGACACACGUGAAAUUGAAUAAUCUGUUCGAUUUCACUGGAUUUCCAGCCGAUCGCAGAAUGUGGUUCACAAAUAUAUUAGUUGUGUUAAUAGUCGGUGUAGCUUUAGUAAAAUCAAGUCAUGCUCAACCAUAUACUUUCCCUGACGAUUUUGUAUUCUGCGAUCUCGAAUCUCCCGACCUUUCUACAUGUUUGAGAGAUAAGUUACAGAAUUGGACGACAAUGCUUGGAACACGGGGUAUUAACCAUCCAAUACGAUUCACCCUCGAACCCAUGGUAAUCGAUUUUUGGGUUCUAAACAUGAACCUGAACUUUUUGAAUAGUACUGAAUAUCUCUGGAACUGCACGUUCUCACAAUUCUGGAAUUCGACAGUCAUAUCUGCCUCAUAUAAUCCAGAAAACUAUACUCUCGUUUACACUUCUUACUACCCCCACAUCAUCGAGCAUGGAAGAUAUCAAAUGUUUGGUACAGUUUCAUUCGAAGACGGAUCAGUCGACGCCAUUUACGGAAAUGGUCCAUAUGAUAAACAUAUAUAUGGCUUGAACCUCACACACAAAAUAACCUUCGUCCCAGUCCUGAGAGAACAUGGAGUUGAAUACUUGCAAGUAUCUCGCUACGAACUCGAUUCAGAUGGAUUCAGAGAUACUUCAUUGCAAUGGCAUAACUUAUACAAUGGUGACACUAUUCGUGGCAAUAGAACAGUCACUAGACUAGCCCAUAACGCCAUGGCCUUGGGUGGUGCACUAGCAAAACCAUUUACAGAUAUGACCAUUGCUAUGUUCAGACUCUACACCGAAAACUUGAUCAGCAGUGUGCCAAGAAGACAACUUCGCAGACAUUUCUCCAGACAUCCUUAG